AAGAGGAAUUCGAUGCAGAGGAGGGAGAAGAGCUGGCCCUGGAAGAAGAGAAGCAGGCCAACGAGGAAGAGGAGUUCAAAUCAGUUGUGACUGUAUUGUAACACAUGUCAAUUGACAACACAUGUUUCUUUCUAUAGAGUUGAAAGAAUGCCACAUAGAGGUGGGAGGGUUGCCAUAUUUACAGCGGCACAAGAAACCCUCAUUGUGGAUAUGGUUCGUGGGAACAACAUCAUCAGACUCCGGGAGAUCAGAGACAAAGUCAUUGCCGAUAAUGUCAACUUUGAGAGCAUUGACGAUGUCAGCUUGGCCACAAUAGACCGAGUUCUCCGGCGCCAAAAGACGCGGAUGAAACAGCUCUAUAGGGUUCCCUUUGAGCGCAACUCUGCGUGACACAAAGACCUACGUUACGAGUUUGUGCAAAGGAUAUUACAGUUGGACGCGAUGGCCAGACCUCAUGAGUACCUCUUCCUGGAUGAGGCUUCAACCUGCAGAAACGAAGGCAAAGAGGCCGUAACAUCAUUGGCCAAAGAGCCAUCACUGAGGUCCCUGGCCAACGGGGGGCUUGUCCACCGGCAUGCUGUCCUUGGGUCUUACAACACCCAACGUCUCCUCACCUUCCUAGAGGAGCUAAAAGACAUCCUCCUGGACCACCAACAACACCAUCCUGGGCCCGCACAUCAGCUUUAUGUGAUCAUUUGGGACAAUGUCCGCUUCCACAGAACAAACCAAAUCAGAGAGUGGUUCACCACCAACAGUGACCACUUUUUAAACGUGUGUCUGCCACCCUACUCCCCUUUCCUGAACCCUAUAGAGGAGUUCUUCUCAUCGUGGAGAUGGAAGGUUUAUGACAGACAACCAUACACAAGAGAGAACCUCCUAAGGGCAAUGGAGCUGGCCUGUGUUGACAUCCCAGCGGAGGCCUUCCAAGGAUGGAUUCGCCAUUCCAGGGCGUUUUUCCCGUGGUGCCUGGCGAGAGACAAUAUAGCAUGCAAUGUGGAUGAGGUGAUGUGGCCCGAUGCAGCUCAGCGACAUGAUGCCGCACAGUGAUUGUGGUGUGUGUGUGGUGUGAAUAAAGUAAAUGAAAAAACUUCACACCCUGAUCAUGUUUUCAAGAGUACUGUUGUGUGCAAUAGAUUCUGUUUUUGCAUUGAGUUGUGUUACAGUAGUGUAACACAACUCAACACGUACAUGCAGGAUUUUCUAUAGAUUUAUACUCUUCAUAUGAAACUCACAAAUCUAAAUGCCUAAUCCUCUGCAGAGAUCUACGACGAUCUGUUACUGUAUAGUUUCGAAAAAUAUGCAUUGGCAGUUAUGAAACAAAGAACCUUCUCACAAAUUGAGCACUGUGUUUUCAGUUGUUUUGCUGUAGUGUGUAAUGAUGUGUAUAGUGUUUACAUUUUUGAAAGCUCCGAGCUGCUCUUUUGGUGUGAAAGUUUGAGUUUUGCAGUGGGAAGGUGUGGUUGUGUUUAUGUAGCUUUAGAAAAGGGUGUUGUGUUUAGACAUUGGGGAACAUGGUGGGAACGUUUGUGAAAUGUGUUUUAGCAUUUGAG